CCCCAACUAAAGCUUAACAGGUUGGUGGUAUAAUUUGUAGACUUUCAGGGUGUCAUGCUAGGAGCUUAGGCAAGAGACUAGGCAUUUCUUCCCCAGCUUCCCAGGCACUGUCCAGCUGGAUUCGAAAGGCAGGCAAGCGACAGGAGGAAAGAGGUGGAAGCCGGCAAAGUAACUACUGUUUCUCAGCAAAGUUUGAGAGGGGCCUGUGGCCAUGAGUGAGUUGGACACUCAGAAGACCUGUGAUGGAACUGUUUCUCGUCUGCUCAAUGUGGUGGAAAGUGAGCUUCAGGCAGGGAGGGAAAAAGGCGACCCUACAGAGAAGCAACUUCAGAUCAUUCUGGAGGAUGCCCCUCUCUGGCAGAGGUUCAAGGAAGUCACUAACGAAAUGAUCGUGACCAAGAAUGGCAGACGGAUGUUCCCAGUCCUAAAGAUUAGCAUCACAGGGCUGGACCCCAAUGCCAUGUACUCACUCCUUCUGGACUUUGUCCCAAUGGACAGUCAUCGCUGGAAGUACGUCAAUGGAGAAUGGGUACCUGCAGGCAAGCCAGAGGUCUCCAGCCACAGCUGUGUCUACAUCCACCCAGACUCCCCCAACUUCGGUGCCCACUGGAUGAAGGCCCCCAUCUCCUUCAGCAAGGUGAAGCUGACCAAUAAGCUCAACGGAGGUGGGCAGAUAAUGUUGAAUUCUCUGCAUAAAUAUGAACCCCAGGUUCACAUAGUGCGUGUUGGAGAUGCCCAUCGAAUGGUGAUGAACUGCUCCUUCCCUGAAACCCAGUUCAUAGCUGUGACUGCCUAUCAGAAUGAGGAGAUAACAGCUCUCAAAAUCAAGUACAACCCUUUUGCCAAAGCCUUCUUGGAUGCUAAGGAAAGGAACCACCUCAAGGAUAUUCCAGAAGCUAUGUCUGAGAGCCAGCAUGUGACCUAUUCUCACUUGGGAGGCUGGAUCUUUUCCAAUCCGGAUGGAGUGUGUACAGCAGGAAAUGCCAAUUACCAGUAUGCCACUCCGUUGCCUCUGUCUGCUCCCCACACCCACCACGGCUGUGAGCACUAUCCUGGCAUCCGAGGACACCACCGGCAGGCUCCCUACCCUUCUGCAUACGUGCACAGAAAUCAUUCUCCCUCAGUGAAUUUGAUAGAAAGCUCCAGCAAUAACCUGCAAGUUUUCUCUGGAGCUGACAACUGGACUUCCUUAUCCUCCACACCCCACGCCAGCAUCCUGUCUGUACCCCAUACCAGUGGACCAGUCAAUCCAGGGCCUAGCCCAUAUCCAUGCCUGUGGACCAUCAACAACAGUGGCGGGGGCCCUGCCGGGUCGGGCUCAGAGGUGCAUGCCAACUCCCCGGGAGCGUUUCUCCUGGGUAACCCAGCUGUGACUUCACCUGUCUCCACCCAGACACCCACUUCGGUUAGUGUGGAGGUUCUGGGGGAGCCCUCGCUGACCAGCAUCGCCAUGUCCACCUGGACAGCAGUGGCUUCACAUUCCUUUACAGGCUGGGGUAGCCCAGGUAGGGGUGGGCGCCAUUUUCCCUCCUCACUGGAUAGUUAAGCAGGAUCCUAAUGAAGGUGUCAGUAGAGAAUCUGUUAGGUGUAGAGCUCUUAGAAGAACCACCUACCGAUCCCAGUGGGUCAGACUGCAGAGUCUCCCCACCCGAUGAAGUGGGUUGUAGCAGAAGCCUCCUAGGAAAUGGUUUGGUUUAGAUGAUGCUAAUUUUGUCACCUGCAUCUCUCUACCAUUUUCUCUUUGUGCUCCCAUUUUUUCCUGCAGCUUAUCCAUGCCAUGCCUAGGCAACAAAAGUUCAUUGAGUACCUUCCUUGUGCCCUGACCCUUACUCUCAAAUGAUUCUAGAAGGCUGCCCCUUCUGUUCUGUGGACAUAGUGUAAAGCUGGUAAGUGAGCUCAAAAUUUACCUAGCCUAAGGCUUCUGCAUUGUAACUUUGUACAGUCUUAAAGGUAUGUGUAGCCACAGAGCUUCUGCUUUGAGACCAAGAGAGGGUGUAAGUCCAUGGAGUGAAGUUAACAGAAGUAGAGUUAAUUGCAUGUUAUAGCACUGGGAAUUGAGGAAAUGAAAUCAUGUUGCUCCUUGGCUCAGAAACCUUGGAUGACUCACCAUCACCUACAGAUCAACGUUGAUCUCCUCUGCCAUCUGCCCUCAAAACAUUUGUCUAGCUUUAGCUCCCAGUUACCCCAUUAGCACCCUCUAUUUCAGUCAAGGCACACAUUCUGCCUCUAUCUUUUGAACAGUGUUCUUUCCCACCUCUGUACCUUCUCUCCUGCCUGAAAUUCCCUUCUCUGCUCAGUUCCACCUGUGUGAAUCUUGCUUAUCUCCCAUGGACUGACCAGAGCACCACCCGCUGCAUCAAACAUUUGACCUGCCUGGGUUCCCUGCCUUCCCACUGGUUUCGCCUGUUGUAGAGCUCAUCUCAUGCUGCCUUGUAUUUUUGGUACCCAUGUCUCUCUUCCACUAGACUGUGAGCCCCUUGAGGGUGAGGCCCGGCCUUCUCUUCUCUGUUCCCCACAGCAGCACCCGGUUCUGUGCCUUGCCUAUAGGAGGUGCCCAAUAAACACUGGCUGAACUGAA